AUGUCAGCGUAUACUAAGACAAUUGCGUGGUCCAAACAUGGCUUCAUUGCCUACGCCAAUCCUGGAGGAGCGUAUAAUGUUGGGAUCACCCAUAUGGAAGUUGUUGAUGGGAAAAUGUGGCAGCUUGCCGACCCUCAGACUUUUGCAAUCCAACCACCGGUCAAUGCUGAGGCAUCCAAUGGCUUGAAAAGAAAUGGAAAUACUGUGAAGGGAAGUGAUGACAACUUAUCACCAGUGUCACAUCUUGAAUGGAGCACCGUUGGGGAUUAUCUUGGAUGUCUUGACACUCAUGGCAAUAUGACGAUUUUGGGUGGGGGCAUUUGCAAAGAGACUAAUGACCAAUAUAACUACUCUCCGUUCAAUGACUUUGUGGUAUUAUACAAUGACACAGUAGCCGAAUCUCCAAGGAAAUCCCCAAUGUCAACAACAACAAGUGAUCCGAAGGAUCGUCUUCGUGGCCUCUCUCACAAUCACCGUCCGUCAACAACAACCAUCACAGAGGCAGGAGAAGGAAUGUAUUUUGGUGGUGAUUAUUCUACCAGAGUAAUAGGGUUUGAGUGGCUACCAACCCACAAGAACAAUUACGGAGUGGUCCCAGCCUCCAAAGUCGCAUUAUCCUCGGACACGGUGAAAACAGACCUUCAGAAUGAACCGGCGACCUUCCAAUUCCGGUAUAAGUAUCAGCCGCAAGUACCGCUUGGAUUUUCCCACCCAGUAGCAACCAAGCAGGCAUGUAUUGGGAUUAGAAGAAAUGGCGAGCUAUGCUUGUGGUACCAAGGAACCCAUAGGUUGAAUUUCUUGAGAUCUACGGUGUCUCUUGAUGAUGAACCCGGCGAUGCAAGUCGCUAUGAAAACGCAUUAUUAUCCCACGCAAACUUAGGGUUUCAGAGAAGUGGCUCGAUAUUGCUAGUUACCUACAGCCCAUUCUCACGGCUUCUUAAAGUGUAUUUGGUGAGCAUUGACUGGGGAAGUUUGAAAAAAAAUGGCAACGAGAAGCGAAAAGACGAUGUGGUGGUACCCCCUAAGUUACUAGUUAAGAGAGUUGCAAAAGAAUACAUUCCUCCUCUUGGGUUAGCGGGGUCCCCACAAAAAUUGAACCAUAUCAAAGUAGUUUCUUCAAACUACACCAGCGAUGCCGAACAGGAUAUUUAUUUGGUAUUCGAUGAACCCCAUGGUGGGUCUACUUUGCAUCGGUAUCAUUUGAGCAGCAUGGUGUUGAAUCAAGAAAAUAUGUUUUUCAAAAAUAGUGCAGGAGUGAAAAAUCAAGAUACUUCAACAAGUAUUGAACGGCACCUUUCUUUGAAGGAGAUGUUGCAGUUUGAAAAACACGUUAGUCAUUUUGACACCGUUGGUCGUAACAUGUUUGUUUAUUGCGUUCUUGAAGAUGGUACCAUUGAACUAAGACAGGCGAAGAACUUGAAAAAGAAAUGCGGGGGGAGUAGUGCUGCGGUAAAUGAUGAUGAUAAGGAGAAAUAUGUGAUGUCGUUAUUUGAUGCUGGGUUCAAGAUACACCAAAUUAAGGAGCGGACGAGUUUUGUCCUUCUCUCACCAAACCUUGCUGCCGCAGUUUAUCUUAUGCAUGAUAAGAACAAGGAGCAGCCCCCUCUUAUUCUUAAGCUCGCGGAAUCGAGCUCUAAAAAAGAUCGCGCGUCAUUAUCGUUUGGUGAGAGAUUGACGGUGAGCGCGGCGUUUGCAGUUAGUCAUUCCGAAAGUUGUUUUGCCAGUUCGUGCUGUGAUGACUUGAUUGCUGCGGCCCAGCUCGAAAUAUCAAAAUACAAAAGUACUCAACAUCAAGAUUCCCUCAUCGAUACCAUAAACCAGGAAUCGCACGCUGCGUUGAAGUUCUCGUUGAAUUACGCCAAUGACCAACUAGAUAAGUUACUUGGCAAUCCACCAUUGCAAAAACUCAUUGGGUUGCAAAUGUCUUUGGGAACAGGAAUAAAAUGGACUCGGACCAAAUCCGGGAAAAUCGCCUGGGCGGUGCUCAAUUUACGAUCGUGUGCUUUUGGAAUCAUGAUCACUUUGAAAGCGUGGUUCAAAGAUAUGCAAAAAAUCGCGAUGAUGAAAAAAGACCUCAAAUACAAAAACUUGCCGACAUUGCAAUUUGUGAAUAUCAAUUGGCGUGCCGAAGUCAUUGCCAGUGUGCUUGGGGUCGUCAAAUGGAUCAUGAAUUUCAUUGUAUUUUUAUACCAAGAUUUCUUGGGUAUAACGAUGUUGCUGGCAGGAAAUCAACGAAGAUUCCAACAAGCGUUCAUGGAAUCAUUGGCAAUGCCGAUUCUUAUGGCCAAAGUGCCAAGGGUCAUUUUGAGCAAUGCCAUCAAGGGUUUCAAACAACUCCUUUCAUUUGCCUCGAAGUUCAUUGAAGAGUUUAGGUUGGGAAGUGAUAAUGUGGUAUUCGCGGCCACCGAAAGACUCAGGGAAAUCAUUAAUGAUUCGUUAAUAGAUUUAGAAUUGUUUGAGAAAUUUUUAGGCAAUGUUGAGUAUGCGGUGAAGUCCUCAAUAACGAAUUAUAAGAAGGCUAAAGGAACGACGUCUGAUCCAUUAGUGAUCGAGCAGAAAUUGGUGUGCCAGGGGAAAAUCCCUGAAGAGCUCAUGGAUGCCGCAAAAAUCAUCCUCAAGCUUUUCAACGAUAGUUUAUGCAAGGAUUUGGAUCGAUCGAAGGUAUUUUUUUACGAUCUCAAAUGGCUUGGGUUGUGGGAUGGCGAACAGGAUGAUGAUUCGUCGUCGUCACCUAGGUCUUCUCGGGGAUCUCCAGGGGUUAGUGUGAUUCCCGGUUCCGCGAUAACUCCUAUGGCUCCUUAUUAUAUUCAUGAUCGUGGGGAGAAGAUUGAUUAUUUAAGAAAGAACUUGAUUGUGGAACGUGCAAACCAGUUCCCAUUGACAGGGGUUCGGAAAGUUUAUCGUGAAAAACGGUGCGUUCGAUGUGGAUCGAUCUCUAGUGUUGAUGAAAGUGCAGAGAUCAUCCCUAGAUUUCGCAAGAAAACUGCGUCAACGACCAAUAAUUGGGACAUGGCGUUCCAUAGACUCUGUUUCUGUGGGGCCAAUUGGGUCAGUAUUGGUUGA